AUGGUUGGUGAGCUUCUUCAGAACCGACUUGGCUCUCUUGGUGUCGAUUUGCGGUGGCUGGUGGUCGUACACCAGGCCAACAAUCAUGAAAAUGGACAGUCCCAGAACAAUGUCUGUUCUUUCUCUGAGAAGUGGUCCUCCAGGAACGAAUGCAUAGGCAACCACCCAGACAUGCAUCAGGGACAAAAUGACGGUGAACAGGAAAGAAACGGCAAAAAUAGAUGCCAGUUUACCCGUCUUGGAGAUCUGUUGGAAACUCAAUGGGGUCACGUAGCAGAGCCAAAAAGCGUACGCCAAUCCUCCAACGUAUCCGACCCAGCCGUUGAACAGGUACAACACUGCACCACCCAGAACUCCCGAAAACGUCACUGUCUUAUAAGACUCUGGUUUGUAGAGACCAAAGAAAGCUCCUGCACACAUGGUGAUCAGAGUGAUGGCUCCGUGAGGAACAGGGAUCGGGCCGCGAAUAGGGUAUCCUUCCCAGUUCCACAAGAUGAUGGUAGACGAGUCGGUGAGCAUGGCGCUGAUGGAGUAGAUCAGGGAACCGAAUCCGAGCGAGGUCAGCAGGAACGAUGGUUUUCUAGCGCUUUUUUCAGUCUCGACAUAUGA